AUGUCUCAACCACCACAACAACAGCAGCAGCAACAAAUCGACCAUAAUGAACAAAUCAUGUUGCAACAAAUGACUCAACUAUCUCCUUUUAAACCAACUAAUUCAACGGCAAGUUCGGUGACUAUGGAUAUUACCGACGAAGAAAAGGCGAUGAUUACCAUGGAUUUUGACUAUACUCCUGAGUAUCUCUGUGAAACUAAUUCUUCACUGGAAGAUAAAAUUAAAUGUAUCCUACCAACGACCAUUAAACUGGAAGACUUGAGAGAGAUUGCUCUUAUUACACAUAAGAUCAUGUCUAUUGAAAUGAUUCAAUCUCUCUGGGUCAUAUAUUACAAGUCGGGUACAGGUAAUCUGCCGAUGUCAUCAUCCAUGCCAAUGGGAACAACUCAAGUAGAUGGCAACAUUUGGCCACAAGCAAUACAAAUCAUGAAACGUCUAUGUCAACUCAAAUCGAAUCAAGAAAUGACCAAACAUGAAGUCGAUCUGUUGAGAUUAAAAAUAUCGUCACAUUUAACUACGCAUCUAUUUGAAUGUGAAUCUAUCGCAUCCUCUGCUUUAAUCAAUAGCAUCACCAACAAGAAACUACAGAAACAAUACUACGAACAAUACAAAGCUAUUGCCGAACAAUCACGAACGAAGAUGAUGAAUGAUUAUAUGGAAUGUGCCGAAAGUCAAAAACAACAAGCUCAACAUUAUUACGAAACUGAAAUGAAAAUCGUGCAAGAAUCACAACAGUUAACCUCAUCAAUGUGGAACAUUGUCAAGCAACGCUUAGCUAAUAUUAAUGCACGUGUAGAAUAUAGAUCUCUAGAUUUACUUAUCAUGCAUUCACAACGCUCAAACAUCCAGCUGAGCAGUCAACCAACUGGCGAUAUUUUACAGACAUUAACGCCGACAAUCACAAUCGCAUCCCAUCAGCGUACGACGAAAAACAAGAGGCGACAACGAAAACGAUGCUCCGAAAAGCAACGAUUGAGACGCUUCAAUAAGAAAUGCAUUCGCAAAGGAUUCAACAAUGAAGAAAGACAACAACUCAUUGCUGCAGAUAUUCGUGAAAAAAACAAUCGCGCAACAUAUUCUCCGAUGUCACAUAAUCAUACUGUUACGACGAUGGAUGUGAUGACAACGACCGAGAAGACCAAAAUCAAUCGUCGAAAAUCGAAUAAACGUAAGCGAUUGUCGACUCCUGUGAAUCAACCAUCGGCAAAGAAAUCGAAGAAGUUGCACGUGUCUACUACGGUUCUGUCUAAGAAAGAAACGAACAAAAAAUUACCGCAGUAUUUGAAAAAAGCACCGAAUAUCCUAGUUCAAAAUUUACGCUUGCAAUUGAAGAAAAAAUUAAACAAAUUCACUCAUAAACAAUUUGUCUACCAACGUCUCCGAUUACUCGAUCAGCAAUAUCGUCUUGAUCGACAUCGAAAUCUUUGGCAGUCCUAUUUAAUCAUAGGAUCGGAACAUCAAUUAUGGCCGGCCCAAGUAUGUAAAUUAACGAAAUCGAACGAUCAUCAGCGAUGUCAACAAUAUGUCAUCAGUCGUGUCACUGAUCUCAAUCAACAAUAUGAUCAAUGUACCAGUGAAUUGCAGACACAGUCUACAUCGUGUCCAUUGAAACUUUCCCCAUUGGAUAAACUUGAGUAUGAUAUAGCAGUUUAUGUUGAUCNGUGA